GGGGAAACGAGACGCUUAUAUUUCAGCGUCAGGAAAGCAGCGAGUGGGUGAGUGAGGAAAAAAAUCAAACUUUUCCUCAAUAAACCGACGAAAAUGACACGGCUCUGUAUCUGUAAGAUGUGCAGUUGUGGCCGCCACCGUUGUACACACAAGCCGACAGCACUUUACAAGAAAGCGAGUCAGACUAAUGUGUUGUCGGAGUACUCAGAGAAGUAUCCUGCGUAUAAAGGUCACACCCGUCCCAAGAGCCUCAAGCCCCAACUGCAGUAUAAAGCUCAUCAGGACAUGAUGGACGGAACGACGACCUUCAGGAUGGACUAUAUCCCAUAUCCGGUCACCCGUCGCCCUGAGAGGCAGCAGGUCACGUACAAGCCCAAGUCUGGAGAGAUUGACUUAGGAACGACCUAUAAACAAGACUUCAACCCAUAUGACGUGGCACCAUUUGUUCCUUCACGCCCUAAAGAGAGAGUACACACCAAGAAUGCAAAACUGGACACCGUACCCACCUAUAAAGAGGAUUUUCGUCAAUGGGAGAUCAGCAGACGGGAAUUAACUAAGCCUGAUACAACCUAUCAACCUCCUGCUGCAAAGUUUGGAAAUUCCACGACAUUCCAGGAUGAUUUCGUCCACCGAGGCCUUGUGCCACGCGAGAGCUACAAGCCCCCUAACAUAGCCAAGCUAUCCGAUGCUCCUUUUGAAAACCUGACCAGUAACAAGCUCUCGUAUGUUCCACACGCUCUGGAAGCCCGUUACUUUAAACCACCAGAAGAGUACAAACCCAGCAAUGUCCCUUUCCAGGACCUCACUACCCACCGACAGGACUACCAAGGCCUGCCGAGUCAGCUGCCCAAAAGCUGCAAGCCCGAGGCAGUCAAAGUGACCUCCAGCAAGCCCUUCCAGAGCAGCACGGAAUUCCGUGACCAUUUCCAGCAGUGGCCCGUCUCCCUCCGGCAGAUGCAGAAAUCGGUGGAGUACCAGAGUCCCACGGCACACAUGGACCUGACAACCACCUCGCAAACCGACUACAUCAAGCACCAAAUCCAACCCUUCAUUUCCGCCAAACCGUUCUCACUUCCCAUGAAGUCUUCCAGGCCCUUCCAGGGCAACACCACCAUGAGGGACGACUUCCAGCCGUGGGUGGCGCAACGUCAAAGCGUGAUCCGGAAGCAAGAGGAAAUCCAGCGAGCCAGUGGGAAAAUGGAAGAUCUGACCACCUUCAGGGCCCAUUUCAUCCAGCAUGAAGCUCAGCCUAGUCUCAGCUUCAAGCCCCAAAAUGCUCCACUGCGGACUGAUGCCCCCCUACAAAACGAGACCAUGUACCGCUCGGAGUUCACACCCAAGAGGAUCAGCAUGUGUCCGGCCAGUUUCGAGUCUCCACCAGGGUUUGUUUUCGAGAACUGCGAUGAUCAAGGCCACCGUUUCUUCCGCAAGACGUCGUCUGCCGUCAGGAUCGAGACUCCGAAGGAAAUGGUCUUGACAGCUUAAGAAAGUCAUCAUGUUAUUUCUAUAAAAGAUGACACAAACUAGAAUAUGAUCUCUCUAAAUUACUGUAGUCCUAUGGGGAAUUGUCAUGAAUUACGUUUGACUGAUUAUGCAUAUUUUACAAUAGUAGCUAGUUUUUGAUUUUCAAUAGGAUGAAACUGAUAUGAUAUAAACAUGCAGUGCAAUACUAUAAUAUAUUUAUCUAUAUAAAUCAGUUUUCACAUAAAAUUAUCAAUUUUCAUAUAUACACCACCGUUUUACUAUACUGUUUUUAAAAAAUUAAUACUUUUAUUUUAUAAGGAUACAUUAAAUUGAUCAAAAGUGACAGCAGAAAUUUAUAAUGUUAAAAAAAUAUUUAUAUUUAAAAUAAACGUGGUUCUUUUGAACUUUCUAUUUAUCAAAGAAUGGAAAAAAUCUAAAAUAUGAAGCAGCACAACUGUUUUCAACAUUGAAAAUAUUAAGAAAUAAUUCUUGAGCAGCAAAUCUGCAGAUUAAAAGGAUUUCUGAAGGAUCAUGUGACUCUGAAAAUACAAAACAGUUAUUUAAAUGGUAAUAAUAUUUCAUAAUAUUACUGUUUUACUGUAUUUUUGAUCAAAUAAAUGCAGCCUUUUGAAUGAACCACAUAAAGCACGAUUUAAACAUUACACAUUUGAUCGUAUAGGAUAAAAAGGGAUCAAUAAUUAUAAAGAUAUAUAAAGUGAUUUGUAAAACUGUAUUUUAUUGUAUUUGUAUCACAUAGACUGUUUGAUAUAUUGACGUGAAUAGUACCAAAACUAGCGCUUCCUCAACAGAUUCAUGUAGCGAUGCUUUCUCCACAUUGCAAUAAGAGUAAAUUCAUGGAUAAACUCUGUGAGUGGCUUAUGUACAACAUUUGUUGAUGUAAUUAAAAUACAUGCAUAAAGGCCAGUAGGAAACCGUUAUAUUAGAGAUAUGGAAAAUCCACUUCAGGUGCUAUAAGUACGUAGGUCUGUGUUGUGUUUAAUCUUAAAUAUGGAUAAUAAAGACAAACUAAACCAAGAUGUAAGAAAAUAAAAUCCAAACUUUCUACA